UUGUUUGUCCCUCAGCGGCUGCCGUACGUGCUGCUUAUCCGGAAAACUAUCACUGUUUGGGCUAACAAGUGCUAACCCACCUCUGAUAAAUUUGUAAAGCAAUGGCUGAAUAUUCCCACGUAAAAUCGACCAAACUGGUUCUGAAGGGCAUGAGCAAAGGGAAAAAGAAGAAGCAUAAAGAUAAGAAGAGGAAAAUAGAAGACGUGGAAGAAAAACCUGAUGUUAUUGGUGGUUGGUGGGCUGUCCAUAGCUUUGGGGAAAUCACUGGAACCGUUGCUAUAGAGAUGCAGAACAACUCUUACAUCCAUGCCCUCGAUACCGGGCUCUUCACACUUGGUGCACCUCACAAAGACGAUGAAGGGCCAGACCCACCGGAGCAGUUCACUGCCAUCAAGCUCUCAGACUCAAGGAUAGCCCUGAAGUCUGGAUAUGGGAAGUACUUGGGCAUCAACUCUGACGGUUUGGUGGUGGGCCGCUCUGAUGCCAUCGGCUCCAGGGAACAGUGGGAACCAGUUUUCCAGGAUGGCAAAAUGGCUCUCCUGGCAGCAAAUAGCUGUUUCAUCUCCUACAGUGACAGUGGGGACAUUGAGGCCAAGAGCAAGACAGCAGGGGACGGCGAGAUGGUGAAGAUCCGAUCGUGUGCAGAAAGAGAGGUCAAGCGGAAAGAUGACAUUGCAGAUGAGGACAGGGGCAAUGUGAAGACCUGUGAGAUCAAUUAUGUGAAGAAGUUCCAGAGUUUCCAAGACCGGCGGCUCAGAGUUAAUGAGGAGGACAGCUCCGACCUGAAGAAAGCCAGAAUGGGUGGGAAGUUUCAUGAGGCUUUACUGGACAGGAGAAGCAAAAUGAAAGCCGACAGAUACUGCAAGUGAAGAUUCAACUUUGGAGACUUUCAUUUCCUCAUAAAUUGUUCAUGUAGUUUUUGCUGUUUGAUCCUGACAUUUGAUGUAUUAUUUUUGUAUUGUUUUUAUUUUAUGAAUAAAUUUCAGUCGGUCCAGAA